AAUCGCUCGCUUUACACUCCGUUCCACGUCUAACAGGAAGUAAUGUAACCAAAAAAAUGUCAAAUCGAGACAGGGGAAAGCCUCAUUAAUGGAAGUGAUAUCUACUACGUCUUGCUUCCUUAGGCUCACAUUCCCUGCGUCUCCCGGCCGGACUCCUCAGGUGUGUCUCUGAACCGGACAGCCUUUACCGCGCGCACAGGUCCUGAAAAUGGCAGAGAAGGUCCUGGUUACAGGUGGGGGCGGCUACAUCGGCAGUCACUGUGUGGUGGAGCUCAUUGAGGCAGGUUACUACCCUGUCGUCAUUGAUAACUUCAGCAAUGCGGUACGAGGAGAAGGAGAUGUGCCAGAGAGCAUCCGCAGGAUAGAGAAGUUUCUGGACACCAACAUUGAGUUCCAUGAACUAGACCUACUGGACCGUCCCGGCUUGGAGAAAAUCUUCAAAAAGCAUUCAUUCAGUGCUGUGAUGCACUUUGCUGGUCUGAAGGCUGUUGGGGAGUCAGUGGAGCAGCCGCUACGCUACUACAGGGUCAACAUCACCGGCGCCAUGAACCUGCUGGAGGUGAUGCAGGCUCAUGGGGUGCACAAUCUGGUCUUCAGCAGCUCUGCGACAGUGUAUGGAGACCCUCAGCGUCUGCCCAUAGACGAACAGCACCCCGUGGGCGGCUGCACCAACCCCUACGGCAAGACCAAAUACUUCAUCGAGGAGAUGAUUGUGGACCAAUGUAAGGCAGAGAAGGACUGGAAUGCAGUGCUGCUGCGUUAUUUCAACCCAAUUGGAGCUCAUUCCUCUGGCCUCAUCGGAGAGGACCCUCAAGGCAUCCCCAACAACUUGCUGCCAUAUGUUGCCCAGGUUGCCAUCGGGAGAAGAAAGUUCCUCAGUGUAUUUGGGAACGACUAUGACACAGUUGAUGGGACAGGCGUGAGAGAUUAUAUCCAUGUUGUGGAUCUUGCAAAGGGACAUAUAGCAGCUCUCAAGAAGCUGAAGGACAACUGCGGUUGUAAGGUAUACAACCUGGGAACAGGGACGGGCUAUUCUGUGCUCCAGAUGGUAAAAGCCAUGGAGAAAGCCUCAGGGAAAAAGAUCUCCUACCAGAUCGCCCCUCGGAGGGGAGGAGAUGUAGCGUCCUGCUAUGCUGACCCGAGCUUGGCUGAGAAGGAGCUGGGCUGGAAGGCCAGCUUCGACCUUGAGAGAAUGUGUCAGGACCUGUGGCGCUGGCAGUCCAUGAACCCCACCGGAUUUUCCAACGGCACAGCCUCUUGAUGUAACUCCAGCCUCUUUGUUUACAUCAACUCAGUCACUGGGCCAAAGCAAACCAUAAAUUUCCUCUUUUUUUGUACAUCACAUCGACACAUGAAGAGACCUCAAGACAAGCUGAAUGCUUUUUGAUUCACCAUAUAUAUAUAUAUUAUAUUUUAUGAAGUUACAUUCACUGAGAUUGGAAUGCAGACCAUGGAGCAUCCCGCAUAAUAAAAUUACAUUUAAUAUGAACAUGAUUUGCAGACCAGCAGACUUGUGAAAUGAGAACCAUGAGGACUCCCAUUGAAAUUAUUUCUAUAUUUGACAUAAUUGUAUGUUUAAUUCUAUGUGUGCCUCAUUCCGAUCUUAGUGAAUGCAGUUUACUGUUUUAAUUCUGUGCUGAUUGUUUUCUCAUCCUCAAAUUACUACGUACGUUAAAAUGUCUUGUCUCUCUGUCUUCUCUGUCCUGUCAUUUGAGUGUUGGCAAUGGGUGUUUUCUCUAAUUAUGUAUUGCUCCGUGAGCCUUAACAAUGAGAAUAAAUUAAUUUUCUUACUGAAGAUAUGG